AUGGCUUCCUCAGCUCCAGUUAGAUUAGACUUGUUACUAUCCUUAGCACCUACUCCCAAGGAAGCCAAUAAUAAUUUAGAUAUUCCACCUUCUCAAAGUAACGCUGAAAAUGAUGUACGAUCUGAGACGGGACCUGUAAGGUCUCAAAGUUUAGGAAGUAUAUCUCCAUCGCGUGCUACUGCUGUAACACCCGAUUCACCUGUGGAGAAAAAACCUAAGAAAUUAAAAAAAAGAGAUCGUUCCAUUAGUCGUUCUAAAAAAUCUAGUCAGUCUGAUACAGGUGAAAAUGAUCUCGAAAUUCCAACUUCUAAAGAAUCAUCUAAAUCUAUUAAAAAUAAUUCAAAGAGUGAUCUACCGCAAUCUCCAUUACAAUCUACAACAAAUAGUGAAUCUGACGUAGUAAAACCUGUUGAACGAGCCCGGCGACGAUCUAGUAGAGUUUUAGAAGCUGUAGAAAAGUUAGAUCAAAUUGAAUCCAUGGCCAAAAAUAAUUUUGAUCAAAAGAGAAGAAGUUCUCUUGGCAGUGGCUCAUCAAAUAGUUCCAAAAAGAGUAUUGAGUCUGAUGGGUCAAAUUCUCGAGAACCAACAAAAGAACCACAAUUCAGUUUAGAGUCUACAGUUGGUCUAAAUAAAUUAGCUGAGUCAGCAUUAAAUAAUGAACCAAUUUGUGGAACACGUUCAAACAAAAAUGAUUUUAAAAAUCUUCCUGAUGAUUUGAGAAAGAGCUUAAAUGCUAUCAGGAUAAUUGGAGAUUCCAUUUCUGACACUAAUACAAGUAAAGUGGCUGAACCAAAGAGGAAAACAUCAAGAGCUGAAAUAAAAUUAGCUAAGCCUGAGUUACCAGUUAGUAGCGUCGUUAAUGAUUCUAAAGUUCAAGAUAAUGGUGCAAUAGAUACAAAUUAUAAAACCGAAGUAAAACAUUUUGUUCAAGUGCCUAAACCAACUAGACGUAUCACUGAAGUAUCCUUUCCGGUUGCUGGAGCUACUCCAACUGCAGUGGCACCAUUACCGCCAAGACCUGUUUUGAGACAAAACAGUCAACUUCGUGAACACAUCAUACCUAUAAGGUUUGAAGUAGAAGAUAAACCAAAACCAAAACCAGUUCAAAGAGUUUCAUCUGUCACUAGUCCCAGGACCAGUUGCAGUAAUUUAUCACGACAGAGUACAGUGGACACAGAUAGUAAUAGCAGUAUUGCAAGCUUAGGAGAGCCAAUAAGAAAGUCUCCCCGUGAAGUUAUUAUACCCAUUGCGGUUGAAGGUGGAGGUUUUGUUACGCCUAGUAAUAGUACACUUUCUAGAACAAAUUCAAAUAGUGAUAAGGGUGAUGAUGAUAAUGGUACUGUUGGUGGUCAGCCUAGAUGUUUCACAUUGCGCAGCACACGCAGACAAAGGCCUUCUAUGAGAAAUUUACAAUCAACUGAAAGUAUAAGUUCAGAUGAGGAGGAUGACAGUUUUGAAAUCUUAACUGCUGAGAAUUUAUUCUCUACAUUACUAUCCAGAGUACGGGAUUUAACAAAUCGAUUGAGCAGUGAUGAAGGAAGAACAUCUGACUUUCCAAGAUCAUUUUUCAAUCAUCAUCGUUCUAUAUUUGACCACCAAACACCAAUUCGCCGUCUAACUGAAACUCGAUCAUUUAAUCGGUCAGACAGUGCCCCAUGGAGAAGAAGUUUUGUUUCUACCACUCAAGAUACUCCUCCAUCUAGUGCUUCUACUAAAGAACUGCUUAGAAAUGCUGAUAAAACGACUAAUAUUCAGAAACCACCGGUGUACAAGCACAUUCUGCCUCGCGUUCUGGAAACCACAACUAAUAAUGAUUACUUAAACUACCGUGACAAGAUCAACGCAACAAAACUGCCGAUGUCACCGCCUCCAAAACAUAUAACCCAGCCAACUGUGUACGAGAUGCCUUCUGAGCCUAUCAAGGAACGCAAGUCUUGUGUGGACCGAAUUUUAGAGAAAUACCGCCGCCAACCGUCCAACUCUUGUUCCAGACAAUUUUCAAGAUCGUUAAGCUGCAAUGCUUCUACUGAAACUGCGUCAUCGACUGAAAAUAACUUGUUGCUGCAAUCAACGAUGAUGGCGGAAUCUGGAGGUAACGAGGAAAAUCCAAAAAGUUCAGGGCCUCGUAGUGUUAGCCCAUAUGCACUUUUCGACCGUUCAGAUGUGACCUCUGCUACAACUACUGCUUCCCGCCAAGAUUUCAAGGCAAAUUCUGAGAACGGCCUCUUGUCUAAAUCGUAUUCGUUGAAGAGUUUGGGUGAAUACCGAACGCGAACUUCGAGCAGUAUACCGUUGUCUGUUGACCGUAGAUCGACACCAAAAUUUAAUAGUUCAAGCAUCAAUAACGAUGAAGACCCACCGUCGUCUUCAUCGUCAUCAUCCGCUACUACUGCUACCACUUCUUCCAAGAGCUUGGUCCCAAAAGAAGACAACAAUCAUUAUUAUCACCACGGUUCGCCGGCCUUACUGGACUGGACAAUAGGAAAUUGCAGUGAAGAGACGGUCAGCGAUCGUAUCAGGCGGCGCAGUUACUAUGUUAAACUCAAAUAG